CUUCCACUCCCAGCCCGAGCCAGGCACUUCUCCUAAUGGCGUCUACAGUUUCGACAACCUUAAGCCAAUUUCGCGACAAUACACCUAUUAUCCCAGAGCAGAGGACAAAGGCCAAACAGGCCGGGCAUGAUCAAUGGCCGUCCUUAUUUCAGACAGCCAUUGUUGCCACUGCUCUCAAGAUUCUACUGUUUCCGUCCUACAGGUCGACAGAUUUUGAAGUCCAUCGGAAUUGGCUGGCCAUCACUCAUUCGUUGCCGGUAAAAAAAUGGUACUACGAGGCUACAUCAGAGUGGACAUUGGACUAUCCUCCUGCAUUUGCGCUGUUUGAAUGGCUUCUAUCCCAGCCCGCUGCCCUGGUUGACGCUGGGAUGGUGCAAGUUCAAAACCUGAACUAUGAUUCAUGGGCCACCAUAUACUUCCAGCGUAGUUCCGUCAUCAUCACAGAGCUGUUGCUCGUCUACGCUUUGCACAAGUAUAUGGAGUCCUCACCUGCCGCAACACGCCGCCGAAGUCAUGCUGUGGCGCUUUCGAUCCUGCUCUCUCCGGGCUUCUUGAUCAUCGACCACAUCCAUUUCCAGUACAAUGGCUUUCUUUACGGUAUCUUGAUUCUGUCCGUCGUCUUUGCACGGAAAGAGUCGACGUUGCUUUUGAGCGGUAUCCUGUUCGCCUUGCUUCUAUGCUUCAAGCACAUAUACCUUUACCUGGCACCAGCCUACUUUGUCUACCUCCUCCGGAGCUAUUGUCUGAACCCGAAAAACAUGUUUCAGCCUCAAUUUGCAAACACCAUCAAACUAGGCACAAGCAUUAUUGGCAUUUUCGGAGUGGCGUUCGGACCAUUCGCGGCGUGGGGUCAGCUCGACCAACUCAAAAGCCGACUGUUUCCAUUUGCGCGAGGCCUCUGUCACGCAUAUUGGGCACCCAAUGUCUGGGCGAUUUACUCGUUUGUGGAUCGGGUGCUGAUACUUGGUGCUCCUUAUCUUGGCCUGAGGGUUGAUCAAAAUGCGGUGAACAGUGUUACACGGGGUUUGGUCGGAGACACUUCAUUCGCCGUCUUACCAGACAUCACGGCUCGACAGUGUUUUGGACUUACCUUGGCCUUCCAGACCAUCGCGCUAACCAAGCUAUGGCUCGUACCCAGCUGGGAUACUUUCGUUGGAGCUCUCACCCUCUGCGGGUACGCGUCCUUCUUAUUUGGCUGGCAUGUCCAUGAGAAGGCGAUUCUACUUGUCAUCAUUCCUUUCAGUCUGUUGGCUGUCAAAGACCGGUCAUACCUGGCGAGCUUCCGCCCGUUGGCAGUGGCGGGGCACGUAUCUCUAUUUCCGCUUCUCUUCACGGCUGCAGAGUUCCCGAUCAAGGUGGCAUACACGAUAACUUGGCUGAUGGUUUUCCUCUACUCUUUCGGCCAGUUAGCUCCAGCUCCCACGCGAAGGCGAGUUUUCUUGUUGGAUCGGUUCGCUCUGCUUUAUAUUGCAAUAUCGGUGCCCUUGAUGGCGUACUGUUCCUUGCUGCAUCGAGUGGUCUUUGGAGAGAGAUAUGAAUUUUUGCCCUUGAUGUUCAUUAGCACGUAUUCUGCAAUUGGGGUGCUGGGCUCGUGGCUUGGGUUUAUGGUCUGCUAUUUGUCUUGAAAGGGAUGCUGUGCAGAUUCCCACAGAGGAGCUCCGGCAGGGAUGCUGGCAAGUAUGUACGUACAACAACAACAACUACUUCACGAGCGGCUUGGAUCAUUAGAAAACACUUACGUGUGAAGCGUUGCGCUCAGAUCUAGAGGCCUCUCAAAAGGUUGUCGUUUCUGGAUUUUCGUGGUUGUUCAAUAUCGGAUCGCUUCAGUGCCCC